AUGUCCCAGCAGGAAACAGGAGGUAUGCCUGAAAAAACAAACAAUGAUGAUAGGUUAACCAUAUCCAAACUCUCACCAACAUCAUUCUAUGAACGCGUACAAUCAGAGUUCACGCAACUUCAGCGGCAAGAAGAUCCACGACGCAUCAACUUCACUUCUUCCUUGAAGAACAAGCACAAGAACCGGUAUCUUGAUAUCCUGGCCAAUGAAGCAACCAUUUAUCCACUGCCUACCGAUACCGGGAAUGUGGGAAGUGGAUCAUCUACAAAAUGUUACAUUAAUGGUAAUCUUAUCGAUCUUGGUUUAUCCCACACCUUUGUGGCUUGUCAAGCACCUUUGUCUCAUGGUAUACAUGACUUCUUGACAGUUCUUUAUGAAAAGAAAAUAAGUCUAGUCAUUAUGCUUACAAAACUUAAUGAAGGGGGAAUUGCCAAGGCCGAUUGUUAUUGGCCAAAGGAAAACGAAUUAUUUAUUUCAGCACCAGGAUCUGUUGGAAUAAAAGUUUCAACUGAUCCACUAAAACCAUAUGAAGUUGAUACGAAAUUAAAAAUAACGCGACGCCAUUUAAUUUUACAACGAUCUGAAGAACCAUCACAUAAAAUUCUUCAAGUUCAAUAUACUGGUUGGCCAGAUCACGGAGUGCCACUUUCUGCUGCCUCUUUUGAAACUCUUCUUUCAAUAAUUAAGGAGGCUCCCACAGAUGUACCUGUGCUUGUGCAUUGCAGUGCCGGAAUUGGGCGAACGGGUACAUUAAUUGGAACAUAUGGUGUUCUAUCUCACUUAGAGAAUGGAACUCUACAUGAUAAAACGGUAUAUGAUAUAGUAUCAACAAUGAAGAGACAACGGUUUGGCAUGGUACAACGGUUGGAACAGUACAUCGUCAUUUACCUUACACUACUAAGUCGUAUUGGUACAGACACAACCGAGUUUGUAACGUUACUUAAUCAAAAAUUGCAAACUGCUGCUUCAGCUACAAUAAUAGCAAAAACUCAGUCACGUACAAGAUAA